AUGGAAAAAGAUUCAUUUCCUCAAUUUGGAACCACUGGUCGUAAAUUAGUUUACGAUGAAAAUGGGAAACCAUGUAGAACAUGUAACACAUUAUUAGAUUUCCAACUUGCCACUGGUAAAAUAACUGCCACGGAAGCUAAUACUAGCUUAGUUAAUAAGACUACAAACAAUAAUAGCUAUAGAGAUGACCCACCGGAUGUCGAACAAUUGGGCAGAUCUUCAUGGACUUUGCUGCAUUCGAUUGCCAGUAAGUAUCCUGUCACUCCAUCCACAGAAGAACAACUCGACAUGAAAAACUUCAUCAACAUUUUCAGUAAAAUUUAUCCAUGUAAUUGGUGUGCUGCUGAUUUUAGAAAUUAUAUUGCUACAAAUGCACCAAAAGUAGGAUCGAGAGAGGAAUUAGGGAAAUGGUUUUGUGAAGCGCAUAAUGAAGUUAAUGAAAAAUUAGGAAAGGCUAAAUUUGAUUGUAAUCUUUGGGAAAAAAGAUGGAAGGAUGGAUGGGAUUAG